AUGACUGAUCCAGACAAUCACAUAGCUUCAUACAAACAGAGGAUGUUUGCCAUUUCCAUACCUUGGGACCUUAGGGAAGCAUGCAUGUGCAAGAGCUUCGGUUCUAGUUUAUCAAGGCCAGCCCUUCAAUGGUACACAAACCUCCCCAACAACUUUAUAGGCUCAUUCGCUCAGCUCACCGACGUAUUCAUUGAGCAAUUUGCAAGUAGCAAGAAGUUAGACAAGCUAUCAUCCAACUUAUACAAGAUUUAUCAAAAAAGAGGAGAGCUGCUGUGUGAGUACGUCAGUUGGUUCAAUAAAGAAAAGAUACCAAUCCCAUCUUGCCAUCCUGAAACUACAGUAGAUGCUUUUAGAAAGGAAUUGCUUCUCGAUAGGGAACUCUAUAAAGACCUCACUAAAUUGGGCUGCAAUUCAAUGGAGGACACCCUGGCCCGAGUGAUCAUUCAGAUACGGUGGGAAGAAAAUGAGGUAAAUCGUAGAAGGUACACAUCCUACAAUGAACGUCGACAGAAUCGUAGUGAGAGGUGCCCAGAAACAUGA